AUGGACAUGGAAAAAGACGAGAUCGAAUUAAGCGUCGUGAAACAGCCGCACCUGCAAGAUACAGGAGAUGCAGCCAACAACCUCUCUCUCCGCGCCGUCAACCCAACAGACAUAUCAGUCACCAACCUGUCUCUCUCCGUCAACACCUCGCCGACAUGGAACCCAAUAUGGAACCUGCGCCAACGGCUCAGCCAAACGUCAGCCCAACCAAAACCAACCAAAACAGUCCUAUCCAGCAUAACCGCCUCAAUGCCAGCAGGAACCCUAACAGCAAUAAUAGGAAGCAGCGGGUCCGGCAAAACAUCUCUGCUAAACUUAAUGGCAAACCGAAUGAACCUAUCACGGACACAAGUUCAAGUCUCCGGAAAAACAACCUUCAACAAAACAAAGAACAUAAAUCACAUCCGCAGCGCAUACGUCAUGCAAGAAGACGUCCUAAUCCCAACCCUAACCGUACGCGAAACUCUGCGCUACUCGGCAGACCUGCGCCUGCCCAGUCCAACAACAGCAGCUGAGCGCCGGGACAUUGUCGAGCAGGUCAUUCUCGAAUUGGGGCUGAAGGAGUGCGCUGAUACGCGCAUUGGGACGGCCGCGCAUAAGGGCUGCAGUGGAGGUGAGAAGAGGCGUGUUAGUAUUGGUGUGCAGCUUCUUUCUAAUCCUUCUGUUCUGUUUUGUGAUGAGCCUACUACCGGGUUGGAUGCUACGAGUGCGUUUCAGAUUGUGAGGACGUUAAAGGGGUUGGCGAGGGAUGGGAGGACGGUUGUUGUUUCGAUUCAUGCUCCCAGGUCUGAGAUUUGGGGGCUUUUUGAUCGUGUUGUUUUGUUGGCAAGGGGGGAGGCGUUGUAUGGUGGUGAGGUUGGAGGUGUUCUUGGGUAUUUUGAGGAUUUGGGGUUUUCGAUUCCUGAGUUUGUUAACCCGGCGGAGUUUUUGAUUGAUCUUGCUGCUGUUGAUCGGAGGAGUGGGGAAUUAGAGGGGGCUUCUGUUGCGAGAGUUGAAGGAUUGAGGGAUGCGUGGAGAGCGAGACAGGCUGCUGAUGCGGUGGCGGGUGAGGGUCAGGAGAAGAGGGUGUCGGCUUCUGUUGAUGCUCAAGCUGGGGCGAUGAAGAAAGUCUCGUUUCGUCGGCAGUUUCGUGUUUUGACUUCUCGCACUUUCACCACUACCAUUCGUGACCCGAUGGGUGUUGCCGGGAGUCUGCUUGAAGCCAUUGGAAUGGCAGUCAUCAAUGGGUGGAUUUUCUUGCAGCUUGAUGAGAGUCAGGCGGGCAUUCGCUCUCGAGAAGGUAGUCUUUAUACUGCCAGCAGCCUGAAUGGGUAUCUCAUUCUGCUAUAUGAGACGUAUCGUUUGACCAUCGACAUUCGACUUUUCGAUCGUGAGCGCAAUGAAGGCGUGGUCGGCGUACCAGCUUUCCUUCUCAGUCGGCGUGCAGCUCGAUUACCGCUGGAGGAUCUUCCUGUGCCGUUGAUAUUCUCUCUGAUUUUUUACUUCAUGGUUGGAUACCGGCUCGACGCAAGCCAAUUCUUCAUCUUCUUCGUUCUGACAUUACUCACCCACUAUGUCGCCGUUACCUUUGCUGCAGUAGCUAUUAGCAUAGCGCGCAGUUUCCCUGGUGCCAGUCUGGUGGGUAAUCUGUGUUUUACAUUGCAAUCCUUUGCUUGUGGGUACUUUGUUCAGUCGAACCAAAUCCCGGUCUAUGUGAGAUGGCUUAAGUGGUGUGCAUAUACCUUCUACAUCUUUGGCGCACUGUGUGCAAAUGAGUUCAUUGGAACCAAUGGCUCUGAGCUAGGCCAGUUCUACGACUGUCCUUAUUCAAAUGAUCCCUCUGACCCGGCUUGCAAAGAAUACACUGGCAGGUAUAUCAUGCAAAGUCUUGGAAUGCCCUCCGACUGGAUCUGGCGGCCAAUUGUGGUACUGGUUGCAUUUACCGUGGGUCACUACCUCGUCGCUGCUUUACUGCUGCAAUACAAUCGCUUCGCUAUUGAUGUUGCCCAGGCACGGGCAGCCGAAGGGGAGGCUUCUAACAAAGCCAAAAUCGCAAUUCGUCCAGCAGGAGAGACACGCAAAGUUGCCAUCUCGCUCGAUCAAUACGCCUUGGAGAUUCGGAAGAGACGUCUCCCCUGGCGAACUGCACAGAAACUUCAAAUCCUCAGGCCCAUCACCACAGAGUUUCAGUCGGGCCAAUUAAACGUGAUCAUGGGUCCAUCUGGAAGUGGAAAGACAUCACUUCUAAACUCGAUAGCACGCAGGCUACAUGGAUCCAUAGGGACCCGAUACUGCAUCCAUGGCAACAUGCUUUACAACGGUGCCGUCCCAUCAGAAGGUGUCAUUCGAUCCGUGACAUCCUUCGUCAUGCAAGACGACGACGCCCUCAUGCCCUCCCUUACAGUCCGUGAGAGUCUCAAAUUCGCCGCGGGUCUCCGCCUUCCAACAUGGAUGACCCGAGAAGAAAAGAACCGACGCGCCGAAGAAAUCUUACACAAAAUGGGACUUAAAGAGUGCGCCGACAACCUCAUCGGCAGCGAUAUAAUCAAAGGCAUAAGCGGCGGCGAGAAACGUCGUGUCUCAAUCGCAAUCCAAAUCCUCACAGACCCUAAGGUCCUCCUCCUUGACGAGCCAACCUCCGGCCUGGAUGCUUUCACAGCAAUGUCCAUCAUCGCACUGCUCCACAGUCUCGCCGCAGAAGGCCGCACACUCAUACUAACCCUCCACCAAUCCCGCUCAGACCUAUUCACCCACUUCUCGCAAGUCCUCCUCCUAGCCAGAGGCGGAUAUCCCGUUUACGCAGGGAGCGGCGAACACAUGCUCGCGCAUUUCGCCGCACUGGGCCAUGAUUGCCCACGCACAACCAACCCCGCAGAUUUCGUCUUAGACCUUAUCACAAUAGAUCUCCAACAGGCAGACCGCGAAGCCAUCACCAGGGAACGUGUGCAGCAUCUCAUUUCCAGCUGGAACAAGACGACCGUCGACCUUGUGCGCACUGCAUCGCAGAUCGCCACGCCUGCAGAACUGGGCAGUCUCAAGCGCCAGAUGCUUUCAUUCCGCGUUACAUUCCCACUGGUGCUUCAUCGCUCGUUUAUCAAUUUCUGGCGCCAGCCACCGCUGAUAAUGGCGCGGGUGAUGCAAAUACCUGGUAUUGCAAUUAUCAUGGCAUUAUUCUUUGCACCGCUGAAGAAUAACUUUGAAGCUGUACAGUCUCGUAUGGGAUUUAUCCAAGAAUUCGCGGCGUUGUAUUUUGUCGGCAUGCUCCAAAACAUAGCAAUCUACCCAAGCGAACGAGACGUCUUCUACCGCGAAGAAGCAGACAACUGCUACAGCGCCUCAACCUUCCUACUGUCCUAUACAACGAUCGAAAUCCCCUUCGAAAUCCUCUCGUCCCUAAUCUUCGGCGCAUUAGCCGCCUACGCAGACAACCUGCACCGCAGCAUAACAAUGUUCCUAGUCAGCAUAUUCAACUGCUUCUGCAUUAUAAACUGCGGCGAGUCCGUAGGCAUAAUGUUCUGCACGCUAUUCUCGCACGUCGGCUUCGCAGUCAACAUAACCUCGGUGUUACUGUCUAUAUCGACGAUCCUGGGCGGCGUCAUGAGUCUUAAUGUUAACGAUGUCUUGCAGGGCAUUAAUCAUUUGUCGCCUAUUAAGUAUGCGAUAGCGAACCUGGCGCCGUUUUCAUUGGAGGGCCAGGUCUUUACCUGUGAGGAUAGCCAGAGGCUUGUGAGUGGUGGUUGUCCUGUUGAUUCUGGUGAGCAGGUUUUAAGGCUGUAUAAUUUGGAUAAAGACGGGCCUAUGAAUGUUAUGGCGCUGGGUGUUUGGGAUGAGGUCUAG